AUGACCACCAACGCCACCUGCCAGCUGGCACUGAAAGAGUGGGCAAUAACCGUCCGGGCUCUAGCCGACGGAGACCAGAUCAUGAUGCUCCGCAAGGGUGGCAUCAGUGAGGACAGCAAGGACUUCCGCGUCGUGCAUCCCGAAUUCCUGCUCUAUCCAACCUACCUGCACCAGCGGGAAGACCUGCUGAAGGAAAGCCACCAGCCGACGCUGCGCCAAUUGCUUUCCGAUAACCCGGCCGAUGACGACGCCGUGACCUUCACCCACUGGGCAAGGGUGCACGAAUUGCUGGAGAUCGACCAACUUGGCAAGGUGGAAGACCUCGCUCCCCAUCACAUCUGGACCGACGGCUACGCCCAGUCCCGCCUGCACUGGAAGCCCAUGGUGCCCCUGACCAUCAUGCUGCUGCGCGUCUACCGCAUGGAAGCGCCGGUAACCGUUGCCUUCAUCCCAGAGUACGGCGGCUGCAAGUCUUGGGUGGACGUCAUACCCACCGUCAACCUCGGCCAACUCACGCCGGUCGUCGACGACGCCACCUUCGCCCACAUGGUGGAAGCCGUCCGGGGAAGCCUGGGGCUGGAAAGGCGAUACAGACUACUGUUGCCAGAACGGAAUGCGCUAAACGCGGAGUCGGCUUUUGCCCUGAUUCGGGAUAUGCCCUACCAGCGCGCGAGUUCCCGCCACCCAGAGGCUAUCAUUCGGGAGUGGCGGGGCACGUGUUCCGGGAAACACUACCUGCUCGACGAGAUUUUCCGAGAACUUGGCCACGAUUCACGGGUCAUAAUGUGUACGCACCGUUUCACUUUGGAAAACACGACCCACUUCCCCAGCGAGCUGCAGAACCUCAUUGCAGGAAACUCGGUGCCCGACGUUCAUACCUACCUGCGUGUCGAAACCCCAUCGGGCUGGAUGACCGUGGACGCCACCUGGCCGUCCAGCGCAGCGCCCCUGGGUAUGCCCGUCAACCAAACCUUCAAAGCCGGCCACGACAUGGCCAUCGCCUGCAACCCCAUCGACUACUACCCAGUGCCCGAGGGCCAGGAUCCCCAAACCUUCAAAGAACAAAUCAUCGCCGAUUUCUGCGGCCCCAGCAGCCAGGUGCGGGAGCAGUUCAUUGAAGGAAUGAGCCGGUGGUUGAGCGAAUCUACUGGACGGCACACAUUGCGAUAG